AUGAACUUUUAUGUAGAACUGAAUUCUUGCAAGAUUAACGCUGCAGCUUUAAGCUUGAUUUACCCCUUCUCCGAUGCUUUUAUUUCUAAAAGCAGAAACAUACCAAGUAUCUCAGAUUUAUUUCACAAGAAGCUUAUGAAAAGAUCACGAAGGAAAAGCACAUCAACUUUCAAGUAACGCAAUGUGGCACAUUUAUCAAUAAACAGUCUCCAUAGCUACAUGCCACACCUGACUUUUCGUGAGGGUGUGGUUGCUGUGGGGAUGGAUGUGGGGAAGUCAAAUGCCCCUAUUGUUUAAAGGAUACAGACUUGAAGCAGUAUAUUAA